AAAAUGCUACCUAUUUCCAAUACGAUAUCACAGUUUUUGCUCUGCUUCUCUACAACAAAAUGAAAUUCUAUUCAAUUCUCUUUACACUUAUUGUUAUCAUUUCUUUGGCUUAUUCAUAUGCCCAAGAAACUGCUCUACCUUCGGUGACGGUGACUAGACCUCUUGUUCAAGCUAUAGAUAAACGUACAGAGAACAGUGACAUUCAUUCUGAAUAA